GCGCGUUCCCGGCGCGGCCGGACCGGAGCAUGGCGGAGCUCGCCGGGCCGCCGUUUCCCGCCUCGGUCCCGCAGCCCCUACCAGCCUCUUUCUUCGGGGCCGUGGCGCCGGGCAACCCGGUGGUGGACAGAUUCGAGGCCGAGCUGCGGGACGCCCUGGGCCUCCUCCGGCGGCUGGGAGGCGCGGGCGAGGCCAAGCCGCAGCAGCACAACCUGCACCGCCACGGAGCAAAUACUUUGUUUAAUAUUUGGAUCAAAUAUAAGCCUCGAUUGCCAGAGUGGUAUUACAAUGAAAAACUUCUGAAAGUUGGUGAUUCCCUUGCUCAGAUCAAAGAAUAUAAGUUGGCACUUCUACAGUGCUAUGGAAGAUAUCUUCAGCAGUUCAUUUCUGUAAACCUGGAUGAUAUCACAGAUGAUGUGCAUCAAUUUAAAUCCACCUUUUUUCCACAUGGUUUCAGAGACAAAAAUGCAGCUCUUACGUUCCAUGCUUUGCAAGAGAGAAAUGUUUGCAUUUAUCAGAUGGUUUGCAGCAGCGACAGAAAUCUCCAGAAUCAAGAAUCCCUGCAGACUUGCUUCAAUGUCUUGUCCUCAAUACGACUCAUUAUGCAAGUGGCUCUACCUCAGGAGAAUUUGUGUUGGCUAAUCUACAAUGGUACUGUUCAGAUUUACACCAUAUGCAGACAUUUGAUGAUGAUAGGUCAGUCUGCUAAGGUCCUGGAAUACUUACUGUGGGCCAGUAUAUGUAUGGAAUCAUCCAUUCCGCUCUUAUCUGUACAUUAUUUAACAUGGAGAGCCACCUUAUAUACUGCAGUUUCUCAGUGUUAUUUUGAUUGUCAAGACGGCAUCCAUGGAGAGAUAUUUGCUCGCCGUGGUCUGAUUAAAAUUGAUGAACUGAAGCAAUUGGAAAAUAUCAGUUCUUCGCUGGAAAAUUCAGAGACAAAAAAGAUUUUUAGAGAGGCCACUGUAAAGAUGUCAGUAAUGAUAUUCAAGAGAGCAGUAUAUGAACCCAGAAGAAAGCAAAAAACCGACUUUCGACCUAAGUUAAGAGUUAACCUGAAAGAAACACAAAAUUUGCCAUGGCCUCGCACUACUACCGAACAGCUGCUGACAGAAAUGUUUGAUGGUGUUGCAGCUCAGUUCCUUGCCAUCCUGGAAUCUCUGUCUGAUAGUAGCAGGGGGGUGUGUCAUCCUGCUCCACCUGUUCCAGAUGAAAUUGAAAUUCGUGAAGUCAUUGCAGAGCUUUUUUUUGCAGGCCUGGAAAUCCUCUCAGGUGGAGUGACUGGUACUGGUGUUCAAGGAAAUAAUUUUGGUAUAAUUAAUGCAUCAUCAACCCUUCUGCAGCUGAUACUAACAGGAGAAAAGGGGGUGUCUGGAGAUGCUGCUGUGAAAUUCAUAAAACUAGCUUACAGCUAUGAAAAAUGGGACGUGUUUGCUUCUGCUGUUGAAUUUGUUGCUAAUUUUCUUCAGGCUCAAGAUGAUCCAACAUGGAAGAAAGCUGAAAUGGAGCUCAAACUUCUUACACUGAUGCAAUCUUUACGAUUUCCAAGAAAAUUUAAGCGUGAUUUUUCUGUUAGUGAAAGUAAUACCAAAGAAGCUAAGAUGCCUGAUGGUUCUGAAAAGAAGCAAACAUUUACGAGGGGUUCCUUAAAGCAUGGAGAGCCUUCUCAUGACCUUAUCAUUUUAGCAACAACACUGUUUUCCUGUGUCUCCACAUCUAAGCAGAAUAUCCAACCUGAUGAAGAAAUACUUAUUGAUGUAAUAAUGUUUUUGUGGCAGAAGUGUAAAUCAGGACUUCUGCAAAUCCAAAUGAGUGGAAAUGACUACUUGAAAUAUAUCCACAAAUACAAAGCUUACCAGUGGGUUCAUAUACUCUGGAUAAUAAAUGAAGUAAUUCAGAAGAGCAGCAUAGCAAACUCUAAUGUUGUAAUGCUUGCAGAGGUAACCUUACGUCUAACUGCAAUAUUGGAAAAUGUAGCUGAUUCUGCAAGUAAAUCUAAGAAAAAAGCAGGAAAAAGAAGUGCCUCUCUCUUGCAAGAUGAAACCUGUGAUAUGCCUGAAAUACUGAUGAAAAGUUCUACAGAACAAUUACAAAUUGCUUAUGAAAUUCUUGAAAAAGCAAUUGAUGGAAUGAACACAUCUCACUUAAUGACCCUUCUACCAGAUGGAAAGUCGAUAUUUGACAACUGCUGUACAAAGGUGGACUCAAAUGAUCAGAAUUUGAAUUCUGUUUUGGGAUGUGCUAGUGAUAACACAGGAACAGGUAAUAGUUUUGUAAUGGAUUUACACUUGGAGCUCAUUCAGGCUCAACAUCGAGUAUCUGUGAAACUUCUUAAAAUAACACAAGAUGCACAAAAGGAUGGCGGAAAUCGUAAGUCUAGCAAGUUUCAUGUGAAGGAUAUUAAAGAUUUCCAUUAUUUAACAGAGGAACUUGUAAUGGGAAAAAUAAAGAAGAAUAAGCUAUCCAGAGCAAUCUUUUUGAUGCAAAAGGCUGUACAGAAGUUCCCUAAAGAGUUAACCACUUCUUCCCAAAGUCAGCUACUGGAGGAAGCACGAACUUUAAUUGAGCAAGUUGAAGCUGAACAAAGUGCAUUGUAUCACAGUCUCAAAGAAGCUAUGAGCAGCAAGAAAAAAAGCAGGACUCCUCCUCCUCCUCUAUUACUUUCUAGAUCACAUUGCUCCAUGACAUUUAAACCAGCCCCAUUCUCUUCAGAUAUUCAGGGGCUGACAUACUCCUGGUUACCCUCUGAAGCAAUGCAAGGAUGUUGCAUCAUGUGGUGCAAGAAGGUUUCGUGGUACAGUAUUUUUGGUUCUAUAGCAGGAGGAAGUAAUGUGAAAGUAAGGUUAAAUAAUGGUAAACUUCAAAAUGCAGGAGAACAGAUACCAGCUGAUGGGAAAAGCCUCUUGGAAAUACAAGGCUUAGAACCCAAUGAGAAAUACGUAUUUGCAGUUGCAGCGUAUUCUUCUGAUGGAAAACUUAUUGGUGAUGCCAUUGGGGAAAUGACUAAGCCAAUCCUUGCUUAUCAACCUCUUUCUGUUACUACUGUUCGAGCCUAUCUAACUCAGGUAGCCUAUCAGACGGGCAACUAUACUUUAGCCAGAGAAGCAUUUUCACCAAUGUGGGAUUAUUUUGUUUCACAUUCUUCUCUACUGCCUGCCAAUGCAGCUGUUAUUUCUGCAAGUAGUAAUUUGACUAUAGCUGAAAACAGGUUACGUUUUGAAGCUGUAUCUCAGAAUUCUCUUAUUACCUUGAAACUCUUUCUGAGGAGUAUAUUUGUUUAUUGUGACAUUAGUGUCAUGGAAAGAGCACUCUUCUGUGAUUCCAUCUGUUCCCAUGAGAUACUUUAUAAGGAACAAGUUGCUAGAUUAGCAGAAUGUGAAAGAAUGACCAUGGCAAUUGAGCUUAGCAUUUGGUUGAAUGAUGCAAGUUACACCCUACAGUCUGUUGUACAAUGUUAUGGUCUCCUUGCUCCAAUUAUUUAUCACCAGAUUUCUUCAGUGCCAGUAGUUCAGAUCGUCAUUAAGUGCUUGGCUGUCCUUCAAGAAAUUCCAAGUGCUACUUUGCAGAGGACGCAGGCAGGAUGUUAUGAGAGUAUUCAGCAUAUGAUAGCUUGUACUUCAUUUUAUACAGCAAAGGUACUGCGUUCGUGGAAAGAAUAUGAACUAGCAGUAAUUAUAGUUAACUACGGGAAAAAGUUGUUGAAUUGCUCACCAACCUCAUUCUGCCCCUCCGGAGCUAUGAAAACUGAAGAAACACACUAUGACAAAGAAUUUAAAACCACUUCUGCAAAGACAUCGCAUUUAGCUGCAAUGGAAAAAGCAACAGAAAAUCUAAAUGCUCUUGAAUCACAUCUCCUCAGACUGACAAAACCAGCUCGUGGAUCACAGCUUACAGGAAAAGAAGAUCCUUUGUUACUCCACCCUGUAAUUUCAUGUUGGACAUCAACCAGUGCUUAUCAAGAAGUGGUAAAAUUCAGAAACAAUCCACGUUUUCUUGAGUUCUUUGUUCAAGUUUUGCAUAAAAUCCUGAAUGAAGAGAAGUUUCACUGCGUUCUGGAAUGGGCAGAAGAUGUGCAAGUUUACUUGAAAAGGAGGAACGACCAACUUCUCUCUAUCAAUGGAAUUUCAAAAAAAGGAAGAAGUUCUCCCAAAGGCACUAAAAAACCAGACGCAUCAACUUUGAAGAAAUCAGGAAAAAAAGCUUUGAGCCCUACUCAAAAAGGAGUGACCCUUAGACAGUAUUUCAUGAAACAUCCAAGCAUAGAGAAAUCUCCAGAAGCACAAAGGAAAUGCAAGGAAGAGUUGCAAAAAAUAGCUCGUCACACCUUAGUGGUACUGCUGAAACCAAUUGUGAGUAAUUACGUAUUAAAAAAGAAGUUUCGUCACAUGUGUCUUGAAGAGAUGCCCUGGAGGUCUCAGAUGAAUAUAUAUAUGGCAGUUGCACACUACAGCUUAUUUAAAAAGAAUCUGGAAGAGCAAUAUAACAUUGGAAUUUGUGGUUCACAGCAUUUGGACAGUUACAAUAUUUUGGAUCCUGAAAUAUUCUCAUUAAAUAAUUCUGGCACGGUAGUGGUGAGAGAAGCCGUAGAGAAUAGCAUAACACCAACUCCUCCUGUAAUUAUAGAAUCAGGAAUGACCAAAGAACAAACUCGUAGAGAUAAAUAUGUUAAGCCCAGCAUUAAAAUAAGUGGAACAAAUACUCCUCGAACUCAAACAACAAAUGAUACAGAAACAUCUGUCUCUUAUUCCCCCAGAGAAUGCAACCAGUUCCUGACAAACACCAUUUUAUUGGAGCAUUUUACAAAAAUCUUUUUGCAUUUAAAAAAAGCAGUGGUUCUUGCUCACCGUGGUGGCCACUGGACAUUGCUUCAAAAUGCUUGUCGUGAACUUUGGAACUAUACUCAAGAAUUACAGUUCAUUGCUAACCAUUUAGACUCCCAAACGGAUACUUUUCCCAUUACCAGAGAUUUCCUUAGGAAUACCAUCUGGUUGCCAUUUUAUUUGGCAUCAGACAUGAUCAUUGAUAUGAUAACUGAACUACAAGCAAGCAGGUCUCUUAAGAUUGUGGAUCCUGAAGGAGACUUCUGCAUUCCCAGUUGUUUAGGAGGUAUUAUGGAUGAGAAUGGCGGUUCUAAUCUCCAUCCACAGUCUCCCCUGGAUGAUGUGAAUGUGGUUGACUUGAAAUGGAUAUGUAAUCUGAUUCUUAAAACAAUAGAAUUGUUAUAUAAAAUGAAGAAGUGGGAAUCACUAGUACACAUAGCUGUACAAUUUAACAUAUUUACACAUGAGAGAUACACAGAACAAGUGAGUCCACUGCUGGUGUAUGCUCAGAGGCAGCUGCUGGAAAGGAUACAGCAAUUUAGUGGCUUGGACAGCCAUGAACCUAAUUUCGUAAAAUAUCUCUCUGAUAAUGCACAUAAGAUGAAUUGCAGAAACUACAUAGGGCAGAAAAUACAGCUGCCUGUUGCCCAUUCUGCUAGUGAACAGAUUUUUCCUGGAUGCUUUUUCCACCCUGAGACGAAAAAUGAUUAUACAGUGAGUACAGCGAAAGCCUUAGUUUCUGUACCUCUUGAUGUGAAUGAUACAUUGAAAUGUUUUAGAGAAAGUCUACAAAAAGCUAACUAUCACAGCAGAGCACUGAGACACAGCAGAAAACUGCUUUCAUUAUUUCUUGCAUACGCACAAGAAAAACCUGAAAGAGCAAUCAGCAGUCAAAUCUCUUCAAGAAAAAGGCUGGAAUUUGAUGCAGGAGCUGAAGUGAUAUAUCUACCAACACCAUGUGACCUUUCUCAAGAAAAAUUUGAUUUCUCCAGUAGGGUUGAGAGUAAACCAAUACCACAGUCACAUCUUUCACUAAUUAUCACUUCCUAUGAACAAACAAUUGGCAUCCUUGAAAUAAACAAACAAAGAGAUCUUAAGGUUCAGGCUCUACAUGAACUUGGAAAUCUUCACUUCUAUGCUGGGAACAAAAGAGCUGCUUUUAAAUAUUGGUGUCAAGCCCUUGAUGAAACACUCAACAUUGCUGAUGCUCUUAGCAACUGGCAAGAGUUAUGUUUUCCAAAAAAUCCUACAGACUGCUGUACAGUUGGAAGAUUGACUGAUAUUAGUCAGAAAUUUCUUUCUCAGGCUGGAAUUUGGGGAUGUUUACAUGCAGCAGUCUUAGUGGCUAAGAUAGCUCAGUAUAUAGCAACAUCAAAGAUAAGUUUAAGAAAUAAAUACUGCUAUUUUUCUGCUAUACUUUUUAAGACCCUGUUUAGAGCUUCUCUUCCACAUCCAACGUCUGACUGUGACUUUGCACAGUACGAAACAAAUAUGCUUAUUCCUGGUAUCGACUUGUUCUCUGAUCGCUACAGAGCUGAUAUCUCUACUGUGGUUGCAAGUCUGAAUUUCCUUAUGUUUGAACUACAUUGUGCAAAACAAAAUUUAAUUAUUUUACCAUUGUUCACAUUAUACCAACACAUUGUUUCUGAGAUUUGUAAGGACCCGGUAAAAUCUAUUGAAGGAAGAAUCUUCAAGAUUAAAGUACUUACAGAUAUAGGAUUUUUUACAGAGGCUUUUCAUGAACUGUCUUUGCUUAACUGUGGAGAGAGAAUUCCAUGGAAAAUACCUGCAGGAUACAGAAUAAUUGAACAAAUGAUGGCCUUACAGAAAUUUGACUCCUCAGAAUCUCUCCUGACUGUUACAAAUUUACAGGUACUGGAAGACAUAUUUAAUCGAAGUCUGUCUUUAACAAUGGUGCCACUGUGCAACCAACAAAUAAUGAAUAAACUAACCUUAGCCAAAAUGCAUUUCAUUAUUUGCCUUUCUGCCACAAUAAAUAAUAUACCUGAAAAAGUGGAAAAACACAUGUAUUCUGCUGAUACCAACAAGCUGAAGGAGCCAAGCACAAUUACAGCAUCAAAAGGUGAUGCUGGUAAGAAUUCUAAUAAGAAUUCAGGACAACAGGAACAAAAAAGCACAGUGAUGCAACUCGUUGACUGUAAAGAUGAAUUAAAUAUGGCCAUGCUGAAGGGGAUUUUACUGACAGAAGCUGAAGAAAGUCUUAGCCAUCUUGUGCAGAACAUACAGGACAAAUAUGAUGGGAAGGUAUCUCAGUGUUCUGCUGAAGAUUUAGAGGUUCUUCUGGAGGCCAAACUUGAGCUUGCCGCUAUUUCUCAGCAAUGGCAUCAAGCAGCUUUCAGUGCUGCUUUGGCUUUUUCUGCAAUUCAUCUUCUCCAAGAUGCAGAAAUUUUUAGGAUGGAAGGGACACAUUCUAAAGAAGAAAAGGAUGAAAGACAGUGUUUGGACUCUUACAUCAAAGAUGUUCAACUGCCUCACAGUGUAACAGCACAAGAUCAUAUAAAUGUACAUCUAUGGCUAAGGUGUCGUACAACAUUAGUGACUGCACUAGUAGCACAGAUACAUGGUGUUGGUGAUAUGGAAGAAAAUUAUGUGGCUGAACGCAGAAGUGUGCUAAAAGAAGUAAUACUAGAGGCAGAAGCCUUUGGUGAUAUUGAGACUCAGGCUGAAAUGAUGGUGCAAGCUGCUAUUCUUGACCUGCAAGAAAAACGUCCCAUGGCAGACAUUAAACUUCUUUUGGAGAAUAUCAUCAGUUUACUCCAAGAGGAUACAUUAAUUUCCCCUCCAGCUUCUUUGACUCUUGUGAAAAGUAUGCUUCUGCUGGCAGACAUACUAACACUGCAAACAGUAGAGGAUACAGAACAUUGCUCUUCUACAGUGGAACCACUAAACUUACUAAUUUUGGCACAUGAGCUUACCAUUAACGCAAUUUUUGUUUGCGGAGAACCCAUUGAACAGCAAAUAGAUGACAGUACCAUGACUUGCCUGGUCCUACCUACAAAAAAUAUCUACCUGCCACACAUGAACUUGCUAGCCCAAGUCAAAAUGAGAAUCGGACACACAUUAGCUGAAAAAGUAGCUUGUACACCUGCAAGUGGAGAUCCACUGCAAUGGCUAAGUGCUCUCAAACAUUUAGAAUCAGCAUUGAAGCUUUGCAGAGCAUCUGCAAUGAAAAGAAUAGAUCUGGAAGCUGAACUUCUUUUUCAGAUAGGUAAGGUAGAAUGCCAGAUAAAUGAAGCAAGCAAUAGCAAGUCAUCUCGAGCUGUUGAAACCCUGAUGGAAGCUAUAAAACUCAGCCAGCAACAUGAUCAAAAAUAUGAGUUAAUAAGAAGAUCAUACCUUGAAAUAGCACUAUUAUAUUUGCAUUUUGCCACAAAUAAUGAGGAUAUGUCACAGACAGAUAAGAUGGUGCCUUCCAAAUCAAACACCUCUUCUGGAGAACUCUCUUCUCCUGAGGAGUCUCCAAAAUCAGAAGGCUACAAAGUACAAGCCUGGAUUGCAGUAAGAGCAGCUACACAGGUCAGUGAAGCUGUGCUGGAUUCUCAGCUAUUAAUUGGAAAGAAGAGUAUUAAAGAACACAGCAUGAAGGAUGCAGUGCAACAGAAAAUCCCAGAAUUUGCUUCCAUGGAUCUUCUUGCUUCAUACAGAGAUUUUUUGUCUGAUGGAUACAAUGUUGUCUCUGAAAGUCCCAAAGCAUUUUCUACGGAAACUGAACAAAUCAUAGAAGACAAGCAGAGACAAAGUGAAGGAACAGAAAGUCUUGCCACCAAGGCCAGACAGAGGAAAGAGACAAUAACAUGGAUUCACUUAAUUCACUACCACAAUUAUUUAAAAAGACUUUAUAACACAAAUCUUCUAUUUGCUGCCCCUGACUCAAGACCUGGAUCAUUUUCUGCAAGAGACGGACACCUUAGUUCUGUUUUUGACACAGGGAUUGGUCUCCGCAUAGCAGAAAUGCAUUCCUUUCUUGAAAGGCAUUUGGUUCAUUAUUCAGUGUGUUGUCUUGAGAAUUUCCCAGAAGAGUUACAUGAUGUAGAAUUGCCACUUGAUAGGCCAGCUGAUUCUUCAAAGGUGUCUCUUGAAAUUACUGGAACUACACCAACGAUGUCACGGGUGGGAAUAGCUUCUCCAGUUUCUGUCAUCGCAGAAGCAGAGAGUCAGAUGGAGAGGAGGGCAGCAAAUGCUUCAAAUAAGGAAAUUAACAUUCAGUGGUACAUUCCUUCUCUGGCAAAGCCAUCCAACGAUACAGAGACUAAGGUUUUGUUGCUUUAUGCUUAUAAUACAGAGCCUGUCAAGGUUACUGACAUCAAGAAUUUCAGUUCAAUGUCUAUAUUUUCAGGCCACUUGUGGAUUCCAUUGUCUAGAAUUAUUUGUUUACGGAGGGAAUUAUCUAAUCUGAAGCAGCAAGUUGAAGUGUUGAUGCAAAGUUCUAAAAGCUCGUCUUCAGCUUCAGAACCUACAUGUUUCCUUGAACAAAGUGAAACUUUGGAUGUAACUCCUUCAAAAACCCCCAAAAUGAAUUUUGCAAAAGUGCAUCUUGAUGAAAAAACAGAAGAAAUGGCCAAAAAGUGUUUAUCUGAAGUCAAAGCACUGCUGUCCGUUGUCCCAGCCCUGUCCUUGCCAGUAACUGAGAUCCCAUUUGAUGUUACUUUGAAGUCAAUAGCAACUUUGGAAGAUAUGUUUGAUCCUGCCAACGGCUGUAUAAUAACUGAAGAAAGUCUUUUCAAUUGGAUCAUUUCUCUGUUUCACUAAAUUCUAUUUUUGCAAUUUAAUCAGUUGCUGAGUGCUACAGAUUUAGACUUAACUUCUUGUGUUAAUGAAACAACCUCAUUAAUCACACUAGGGUAAUGUGUUUUAUAAUUUUCAUUUUUAUCUCAUUUCUAAUGAUUUAAAAUUAAUAGUUUAAAAAAUUAAAAUACAUUUUUAGGAAUUAAAUGUAUUAAAAGUAGUUCAUUAAUAAGAGGAUUAAAAAAUUGCUUUAUUCAGUCAUCUAUAAUUAAGUGAGUUUGCUGGGGGUUUUCUAGCUUCUCAGUAGUUUCUUAUUGUUUAGAAAAGCUGCAUAGGCUUGUAGCCUUCAGCAUCUGCUAAUAGAUACUGCUUUUUACCUGAAGUUUUAUUCUCAUCAGCAAUUUAAUUGCUUUUCCAGUUAUUAAAAGUUGAUUUUAUUUCUGA